AACGCGUCGUGUCCAUGUUGCUGUGGCGGAAGGAAGGUUCCGGAGUGUAAACCAACAAAACAGCUAUUGGAAGGAGUUCGUUUCGGACUUUUACCCAAUAUAUUUAAAUAUUAUUUUGCAACCUAACAUGGUGAAAUUAAGAGCCAGGUGCCUUCUUGUUGGGGACCCAGCGGUGGGGAAAAGUGCCCUCUGUCAUAUGUUCCGGAGUGAUGGCGCGCACUUCCAGAAGAACUACAGUAUGACAGCUGGUGUGGAGCUGCUGGUGAAGUCAAUAAGCAUCCCAGAGACCAGAGACAGUGUGGAGCUGUACAUCUUUGACUCUGCUGGGAGGGAAACCUUUGUUGAAGCAUGUGAAAAGUUGUGGGGCCAGCCAUCGGUGCUGUGUCUGGUGUUUGAUGUGAGCAGUGAGCCGUCCUUUACUAGCUGUGGCCGCUGGCUGGAGAGGGUCAGGGCCCACUGCCCGGACAGUCACAUCCCAGGUGUGUUGGUGGGUAACAAGUCAGACCUGUCCUCACGGAGGGAAGUGGAGACCUCUGUGGCCCUGGAGUGGGCCCAAAGCCAGGGGCUGGAGUACUGCGAGACAUCCACUAAGGAGAUGGAGAACUGUGAAGCGCCUUUCCUGACUCUAGCCCAGGCAUUUCAUGCUUCCUACCAAGACAGACUUCAGACGAUACAGAACCUUACCUAACGUUCUACAACAAGGCUCAACGUUCUACAAAAAGCCUCAGCGUUCUACAACAAGAUCAUAAAUUCAGCUUACAUACUACGAUAAUUACCUUUUACAUUCUUUAUGUUGUCUGUCAGAUGCUGGAGAAUGGUGAUAUAUAUAAAAAAAAAAAUUAUGUACACAUUUAUAAUCUGACCUUGAAUAAA